AGCAGAUUUCACCUCAGAAAGACUGUGACAUUCAGCACUGAUAUAAACAAAUUGUCUGUUUCAUAGGCUGUAAUCAAAACACAUAGGAUCAGGUGACCACAGGCUGCUCUCUGAUUGGCUGCUUCAGCUCGAAGGAUUGACAGAAUCUUCAGGUUCCUCUUUAAAAGUGAAUUAGCUGCAGCAUUAAACUGAGACGGACGAAGACGUGAAGAGUUUCCCCCUGAUUGUCGUCGUCCUCUAAACACAGUGUCUGGGGGUCGACUCUGAGAUGAUGUGAUCUAUGAAGUGAAGCAGGAAGCUCCAACACUUUGAUGAGAGACGACUGAGAGCUGCUGGGACUAACAGGAAACAUCUCAACACAAACCUCCUGGACAUGGACCCAAGACCAAGAAGAAGAUGGAGCAAAGAACUGCCACCAGAUUUAUCUGAACUAAUGAACAAACUGACUGAAGCUGCAGCUUCAUUCACUGAACAGUUUGACAACAAUGAACCACAGAUGAGAGACACUGUUAGAAGGAUGGCGAUGUGCACUAUAGGACUGAGAGUGAUGCAGCAGAAAAAGGACAGACACAGAAUGAUCGGUGUAGUUAGUGUAAUACUUGGGAUUAUUACACUUCUGCUUAUUCAAGGGAUGAGUUUAUUUGCUUCUGAUCCUCCUGAAACCAUUGCUGAUCCUCCUCCACCUGUUGCCGCUCGUGGAGAAGAGGUAGAUGUAAUUAAUUUGGUGAAGCAUCGUAAUGUUGAAGAUGCUUCUAAAGCUGCAAUUGAUGCUCUUGUUGCUAUUGCUAUUAGAGCUGUUUUUACUGCCAUUGUUUCUCUUGUCAUUGCUGCCAUUGGUGUUGUAGCUGCUAAUCCUGUUGCUGCUACUGUUGUUGCUGUUGUUGUCAUUGUUGGUGGAGGUUUAGCUGUUGUCUACUCAAACAUCACAAAACAAAGGCUAGAGAAGCAACGUUUAAAGGAGGUAGAAGAUCUGGGAGAAGAACUGAAGAAGAUCAUUGAACCAAUGAAAGAGAUUCUGCAGGAAAUAAAGACGACAUGUGAACAACUGGAACAAAAAUCCACUGAAGCUCAAACUGAAAUCACUCUGAGAGACGUGGAGGAGUCUAGGUGGAUCCUCGGACGAGUAAAUGUCCUGGAAAAGAAGAGUGGAGGAGCUUUGGAUGUAGUUGUGAUGAUGAUGAAGAGAAUGAAAGAUUUACUGGUGGCUGUGUUCAGACUCACUUCAACUCCUGAAGAGGAUCAGAAGUUAAGAGACGCCAUCAUCCAGUCAGCUGAUCAGAGUCUGAAGGUCUUGAGUGACUUUGAGAGGAUGAAGGAGGCUCUCAGAGAAUUUACAGGAAGAGACGGAGCUGCAGUUGGAGGAAAAGACAGAAACAUCCAGAUGAGUUCAGAGAGAACACUAAGUCUUUACUAACUCACAACGACAUAUGAACUUAUUCUAACCAUUGAUGAUAAUAUCUGACUCUGUUCGUCUACAAAUGUCCAGAUGGAGAGUGGACCUGGUUCUAUUUCUCUAGAACCUUUGGAGAACAUGUGAGCUCUGUGGUGUUUUAGAAACUCUGGGUCCAGGUCUGGUCCAGGUCUGGUCCAGCACUGUCACAUACACACAGUGUAAAGUUAGCACGCAUGUUUGUAUGUAUAAUAUGUGUAUAACAUAUUUGUAUAACAGCCAGUGUUAAUAUUAAUGUUUCAUUUCACUGUUAUUUUUCCAUUUUGUGGUUCUUUGCUAACGCUGCUAUUGUACAGUCGUGCUAACAUGCUAGGCUAACUUCAUACUGCUGUAACUCACCUUUGUAAUAAUCAUGGAUGUAGCUUUAAAUAAAGUCUGAAUCCAUUUUAAA